AUGUCGCGUGUUGGCGGCCGAUUUGCGGGGCAUGCGCCGGAGGUCGAGCUUCAGCGGACCGUGAAGGAACCCGUGUACAAAUGGAAAAAAGAAUGGGUUGUUCCUGCGACGCUCGCACGCCCACCUACAAAUGUCCCGGGACUUACUGAGCGUCUUGGCCCGGAUGCAGCAGCGACGCGGUCUGAGACGCCGCUUAAAAUCUUAAAGUGGGUGCGUACCGAGGAAGUUGCUUUGUUUCCUGAAGCCGGAAUGGAAUAA